UAAAUAUUUAAAAUCUUAUUAAAUUACAGUCACUAAAACAUCAUGUUGGCUAGAGCUUUAAAACCAAAACAAGGAAUUAUGCUGCAGAAGAUGCUAGCUCCUUCAGCAUCCCGGACUUUUACAAGCCAGAUUGAGUGUGAUGAGUACUCGAUGAGCGUCAAACCUGAAACUUUUAAAGAAAUGAUCGAAGACUAUAAUAUAGGAGACAAGGUCAUUUUCCUUGAUGUAAGAGAAGAUGAAGAGCUUGAAGAAGGUGUGCUCCCUAGAUAUAAUUCUGAAGGUGUCAACUUGCCUCUUUAUAGAAUCCCAAUCCUUGAUUUGAUCGAACUCCAAAUUGGGGAAAUUGAACAAUUUAAGGACGAUUAUCAAAUCUUUGUCUACUGCAGAGCCGGAAAUAAAUCUGUGACAGCAACGAGACUUCUUAAUUAUCAUGGGUAUAAUACCAUGAAUAUUUCAGGAGGAAUUAAAAAAAUUAGUGAGCAUAUCUCGUGCCACGACCAAGCCAACGAUCCUGAAAUGAGAAGACAACAAGAGGCAUCUGACCUUUUCGCUAAUGUUUUCGAAGCCUAAAAUUUAAGUAGCUCGGGGACAGGAUAUAAUUCAUUAAAGUUAGUUCAGCUUUUGGGUACACUUCAAUU